AUGGCAAACAUAUCCCAACCACUCUCACUCAUUCAAGAUGUCGACUUUAGCUCGUUUUCUCGUCCGUGGAGCACACUCGCCAUCAUCGCAACAAUCGCUCUAGUUGCCAGAAGUGCACUCAAACCUAAGCGUAAUCUGCCUCCGGGACCAAAGGGACUUCCUCUAGUCGGCAACCUUUUCCAACUACCUCAAUUCCAAUGGCUGCGCUUUACAGAGUGGAAGGAAGAGUUCGGUCCGAUCUUCUCAUUGAAUUUCGCUGGACAGCCCGUCGUGGUCCUCAAUUCUCAUAAAGUAACAACUGAUCUACUCGACCGACGGUCAACUAUCUACAGCGAUCGCCCAAGGUUCAUCAUGGCUAGCGAGAUUCUAACUGGCAGUAUCUUCAUCGCUUUCUCUAGUUACGGAGACCUGUGGCGUAAGCUGCGCAAGGCCGCUCACGAGGGCCUUAACGUUCGUGCAGCAGAGGCCUACCAGCCUCUGCAGGAGAAGGACGCCGCCGUACUCGUUGCUGAUCUGCUCAAAGAACCUCUUUAUUGGGAUGACCAUCUCAAAAGAUCUGCAGCCUCUACUGUCCUUACAGCUGUGUACGGAAUGGAACCAAUCAAGUCCAAAGAUGACCCUCUCGUCGUCCGUAUUAACGACCUCAUGCACCGACUCGUUCGCGCCACUCUCCCUGGGGCAUUCCUAGUGGAAAUCUUCCCUGUAAUGAAGCGUCUUCCUGAAUUCCUCGCCCCUUGGAAGAAGGAAGGUCUUGAAUGGCACCGUCGUGAUACCGUGAUGUUCCAGGAGUUUAUGGAUAAGGUCAGAGGGCAGAUGAAAGCUGGAGAGUCUAAGCCGAGCUUCGCCGCAGGUCUGAUCGAGAAGGAGAAACACCACAACUUGUCGAAGAAGGAAGAAAGUUGGUUGGCAGGGACCAUGUUUGGUGCCGGUGCAGAGACAACCGCAGCCGCCUUGAGCGUGUUCUUCCUGGCGAUGCGACUGUACCCGGAUGUCAUGCGUAAGGCCCAAGCCGAGAUUGACUCCGUAGUUGGCCGGGAUAGGCUCCCAACAUUUGAGGACCGAGCGCGGUUACCAUAUAUCCGAGCUAUUGUCAAAGAAGUACUGCGCUGGAGACCUGUUGGCCCUCUAGGCUUGCCCCGGAGAGCGAUGCAGGACGAUGUUUACGAGGGGUACUUCAUCCCGAAGGGUACCUUGGUUAUCGCAAACGUUUGGGCGAUGAACAGAGACCCAACCCUCUUCCCCGAUUUCGAUGAGUUCCGUCCUGAGCGGUUCCUUGACGAGACAGGUACUGUGGACGUGGUGCCGGCAGAUACCCACAACCAAGGACAUGUUACCUUUGGCUUUGGUAGAAGGAUCUGUAUCGGCCUCAACAUCGCUAACCAGGCACUCUUCAUUGAUGUCGCUUCGACUCUCUGGGCCGCCAGCAUCGAGCCUGCCCUGGACGAUUUCGGCAAUGAGAUUGUUCCUUCACGCAACGAAAGCGUGGAUGAAGGCCUCGUUGUCCGUCCCGUUCCCUUCAAGUGCAAGAUCGUUCCGCGUGCAGAGGACGUGGACGCAAUGCUUGAGAUGACGGAGAAGAAACUGGUCUGGUGA